AUGAGGCUCGCGCUCCCCGCCCUCAGAAGCGCGGCGUCGACGGCGUCGCGGCGGUCCGCGAGUCGAGCGGCGGCGACGGUCCGAGGCGCGCCGUCGACCGCGGCGGCAGCGGCGGCGAUGCGACGGCGGGGACGCGGAAUCUCAAACGGACGCCGUGGACGACGCGGAAUCUCGCUCUUCUCGGCCACCGCGUCGUCGUCGUCCUCCUCCUCCUCCUCGACCCCCGCGUCUUCGAUCUACGGCAACCCCGCGCUCUACGAGCUCGCGUUCGGGUUCAGAGACUUCGACGACGAGGUCGCGUUCGUGAAGCGCGUCAGCGAAACGCUCGGCGUCGGCGCGUUUCGCUCGAUGCUCGAGCUCGGCGCCGGCCCGGCGUGGCACACGACGUCCGCGGCGUCCAUCGACGGCGUCCGCGCGGUCGCGGUGGAUCUCGACGCCGCGAUGGUGACGCGCGCGAACGAGCGCAUCGAGGAGGCGGGUUUGGGAUCGCGCGCGACGGCGAUGCGCGGCGACAUGAUCCGUCUCGACGUCGACGCGACGCGACGCGCGCUGGCGGAGAUGAUGGGGGGUCCCGGCGGCGGGGCAUCCGACGAAAGCGACGGCUUCGACGCCGCGUGCGUGCUCCUUGGAACCGCCGCGCACCUCGUGGAGACCGCGGACGCGAUCGCGACGUUCGAGUCGAUCGGGAGGUGCCUCAAGCCCGGCGGCGUGUGCGUGCUGGAGCUGGAGCAUCCCUACGACCUCUUCGACGGGGGAUUGUUAGGCGCGUCGUUCUUUUCUACGCGACACUGGUCCCCAUACGACCGCGUUCGCGUUGUGAACUUCAUUCCUUAA